GACAGGUGGUUGCUGCUAGACGAUCCUAAUGUAGGAUUGCUAUUCCCCGCCGAUGCAAUUGCUAGAGCCAAACAUUAUCUUUCAAUGACUUCGGGUGGCCUAGCAAAGACAUCCUUGAAUCGUUGAGAAGAAGAGCGAGGAUGAUGACCGAUGGAUUCAACAGCUGCAGAAACGUAGUUUGUAAUUUCACAGAAGGUGCAAUGUAUUCAUUCCCCCAAAUGCGAUUGCCACCAAAAGCAAUAGAGGCCGCCAAAAAGGCCAGAAAAGUUCCUGAUGUUUUCUACUGUCUCAAGCUUGUGGAAGCCACUGGCAUUUCCACUGUGCCUGGUUCUGGAUUCGGACAGAAAGAAGGGGUCUUUCAUUUACGGACAACGAUUUUACCAGCUGAAGAGGACAUGCCAGCGAUCAUGUCCAGUUUCAAGAAGUUCAACGACGAAUUCAUGGAGCAAUAUGAAGAGAGUAGAGGGUAUUCAAGAAUGUAAAAGGGUGCUUUUUGAGUAGCCUAACUUGUACCAAAUAUUAUUUGGCCAAACCUUGUCCAUUAUCAUCACUCUGCUAUUCAACUUCACUACGCUAGUUCAUGUUCUUACCCUAAAAAUUUUAAGCUGAAAAGCUGCUUUAAAGAUAAUGAAUUUUAUUAUGCCUAAUAAC